CAGAGAUAUACACAAUACUCAGAUACUCGAUAAAGACAUAUGGACAUUGAAUACAAUCUUAUGUUCACACCCGAAAUCCACAUCGCCUCAGCAGAGAAAUACUGCGCUGUUUUGAAAACAAACCAACCUGGCCCAACACCUGCCAUGACCUCCGAUGAUUUCGGUUCUUUUGUAGACAAAUUCAACAAGACAAAAACAUGAAGGAAAAAAAAAAAAAA